AUGUACACGAAUCGCGUGAUGGGGGACCGGGCCUGGGGAUGUGGAGGGGAGCGAUGGCUGAGGGGUGCGCGUGAUGCGAGUUGUGGGGGUGCACAUGCUGCACCUGCAGCGCUAUGCAAGUGCGCAUCCGCAGCGAAGGAGUGGAAUCGGGCGCAUUGCCGGGGCAGUCAAAGUUGCGACAUCGGCCAAAAAAAAAAAACCGUUUUUGUGUGCUGUACCCUUGGGUACAACACAGUGAACCUUUUCAUGUCGGUACCCAUGCCCCGUGCGAUUACCGCAAGUUCGCCGAGAAAAAAAAAACAAAAAGGGACCAAACAAAAAAAAUCCGUCACGCUGCUCAUAACGCUCAUACGUACACGUGUAUCAAUCUCUUCGAGAUUACAACCCGUUCUCGCACGUGUACGCUGUCUUUGUUGGCGGCCGUCCUGCUGCGCAAUUUGGCGGGAAUCACUAGAUCUCUCUUUCAUACUACUAUACCCGGACUUGCAUUCUGACCGCUUGCGCCGUCUGCGCCCCUCCCUCGGCACCCAGGCAACGUCAACCCCCCAACGCUCGCGUCUCGCAAUGGCGGACCGAGAAGGCUCGCAACUCUGGGUGGAAAAGUACCGCCCGCGCAAGAUCACGGAUGUGACGCACCAAGAUCAAGUGGUCUCCACGCUACAGCGCGCGGUGACGGAGAGCGCGGGCCGUGGCGAGCUGCCGCAUCUUCUGUUUUACGGGCCGCCGGGCACGGGAAAGACGUCGACCGCACUGGCGCUAGUGCGCGACUUGUUCGGUGUGCAGAACCUCCGCGCGAGGGUGCUGGAGCUCAACGCUUCGGACGAGCGUGGGAUCAAGGUGGUGCGCGACAAGAUCAAGACGUUUGCGCAGACGACCGUCUCUAACCCCGUCCCGGCCAAGCACGGAGAUACGCGCAAGUAUCCGUGCCCGGCGUUCAAGGUGGUGAUCUUGGACGAGGCCGACGCUAUCACGAUCGAUGCGCAGACGGCGCUGCGCAGGACUAUGGAGGCGCAUUCCAAAGUGACCAGGUUCAUUCUGAUCUGCAAUUAUAUCAGCAGGAUUAUCGGCCCGCUGACGUCGAGAUGCGCCAAGUUUCGGUUCAACUCAAUCCCGAUGCAUGCGAUGAUGGGGCAUCUGAAGGGUAUCGCAAAGCGGGAGGGCGUGGACAUUGCGGACGAUACGUUGCGCAGUUUGAUCGAGACGUCGGAGGGCGAUUUGCGCAAGGCGAUCAACACGAUGCAGUCGGCGCAUCGUAUGCAUUCAAUGACGAAGGGCUCCCUGGACAUGGAUAUGAUCUCCGCUGUGGCGUGUCUAAUCCCGCCUCGCGUGUUGGACAUGUUUGAUGCAAAAACGGCCGAGGUGGGGUUGACUAACUCGGAGGUUCGGAAGGUGGUCGACGAAAUCGUGAUGGAUGGUUAUUCGGUUUCGCAGUUGCUGUCGCAGUACGGGGAUCGUUUACUCAAGGACGAUGGGUGUGACGGGAUUAGGGACAUGAAUGACUUGCAAAGGUCGGCCGUGGCGGUUAUUUUGGCAGAUGCUGAGAAGGGGCUCAACGACGGGUGCGACGAGAAGCUGCAACUGUAUAACGUGGCGAGCAAGAUAUCGCGGAUCGCUGGAAUGAAAGACAACGUUGAGGGGUUGCUUAAAAUCCAGGCGAUAUAG